AGAGCGAGGUGAGAGAGAGACGCAGAGAGCUCGCAGCUGGCGGAGGGGAUGGAGGCAAAUUGGAUUCCAAGUGGAGACGGAUGGGUGCGGCGCAUCGAGAAUGGGACCCUCCCUCUCGCGGCCGAGUCUGCGGCCGGAUCUACCGGCACGGACCAAUCCAUCUACCCGAGAGCGUCCGUCAACCGGCAGACGAUACGGCGGCGGCCCACGAUGAUGCGGGAGAAGGCGGGCCGGCGUCAGGCGGUGCGGGGCCCCGCGUACAUGUUCAGCGAGCGGGCCACGAACCUCACGGCCGAGGAGGAGCGCUUCCUCGACGCGGCCGAGUACGGCAACAUCCCCGUGGUGCGCCGUAUGCUGGAGGAUUGCGGCGCUGGCCGCUCGCUCAACGUCAACUGCGUGGACUACAUGGGCCAGAACGCCAUGCAGCUCGCCGUGGGCAACGAGCACCUCGAGGUGGCCGAGCUGCUGCUCAAGCGCGACAAGCUGUCGCGGGUCGGCGACGCACUCAUGCUCGCCAUCAGCAAGGGCUACGUGCGGAUUGUGGAGACCAUCCUCGCCCACCCGGCCUUCGCCGGUGAGAAGCGCCUCAUCCUGAGCCCCCGGGAGCAGGAGACGCAGGACGACGACUUCUACGCCUACGACGAAGAUGGCACACGCUUCUCUCCCGACAUCACCCCCAUCAUCCUUGCAGCGCACUGCCAGGAGUACGAGAUCGUGCACAUCUUGCUGCGCAGGGGGGCGCGCAUCGAGCGGCCGCACGACUACUUCUGCAAGUGCGGCGAGUGUACCGAGAAGCAGCGGCACGAUGCCUUUUGCCACUCGCGCUCGCGCAUCAACGCGUACCGCGGCCUCGCCAGCCCCGCGUACCUGUCGCUGUCCAGCGAGGACCCCGUGCUCACUGCCCUCGAACUCAGCAAUGAGCUCGCCAUGCUGGCCAACAUCGAGAAGGAGUUCAAGAACGACUACAAGAAGCUGUCGGUGCAGUGCAAAGACUUCGUGGUGGGGCUGCUCGACCUGUGCCGCGACACGGAGGAGGUGGAGGCGAUCCUCAACGGCGACGCGGAGCUCAACCCGCCAGCCUGCGACCGCCAGCGAGCAGCCCUCAUCCGCCUCAAGCUCGCCAUCAAGUACGAGGUCAAGAAGUUUGUGGCUCACCCCAACUGCCAGCAGCAGCUGCUGUCCAUCUGGUACGAGAACAUCUCGGGCCUGAGGCAGCAGUCCAACGGCAUCAAAUUCCUCGUGGUGCUCUCCGUGGCCAUGUCACUGCCCAUCCUCGCGCUCGCCUACUGGAUCUCACCUUGUAGCCAGAUCGGGAAGGUGCUGCGGAGCCCGUUCAUGAAGUUCGUGGCGCACGCCGCCUCCUUCACCAUCUUCCUGGCGCUGCUGGUGCUCAACGCCUCCGACCGCUUCGAGGGCGUCAAGCUGCUGCCCAACGAGACGGAGACCGACCACCCGCAGCAGCUCUUCCGCAUCAAGACGACGUCCUUCACCUGGACGGAGCUGCUCAUCAUCGCGUGGAUCAUCGGAAUGAUCUGGGCCGAGUGCAAGGAGCUGUGGGCCGAGGGGCUCAAGGAGUACCUCUUCCAGCUGUGGAACGUCCUCGACUUCGGUAUGCUCUCCAUCUUCGUGGCGUCGUUCACGGCGCGCCUCUUCGCCUUCCUCAAGGCCUCCGAGGCGCAGCGCUUCGUCGACUCGGAGGGCUUCCCCAACGUCUCCAACGCGACGCUGCCCGAGCACAUCCGCUACUUCAACCUGGCUCGGAGCCACUGGCUCCCCUCGGACCCUCAGAUCAUCUCCGAGGGCCUCUACUCCAUCGCCAUUGUGCUGAGCUUCUCGCGCAUCGCCUACAUCCUGCCGGCCAACGAGAGCUUUGGGCCCCUUCAGAUCUCCCUGGGCCAGACGGUGAAGGACAUCUUCAAGUUCAUGGUCAUCUUCAUCAUGGUCUUCCUGGCCUUCAUGAUCGGCAUGUUCAACCUAUACUCAUACUACCGGGGCGCCAAGGUCAACCGCGCCUUUGUCACAGUUGAGGAAAGCUUCAAGACCCUCUUCUGGUCGAUCUUCGGCCUCUCCGAGGUGGCUUCGGUCGUCAUCAACUACAACCACAAGUUCAUCGAGAACAUCGGCUACAUCCUCUACGGGGUCUACAACGUCACCAUGGUGGUGGUGCUGCUCAACAUGCUCAUCGCCAUGAUCAACAGCUCCUACCAGGAGAUCGAGGACGAUUCGGACGUGGAGUGGAAGUUCGCUCGCGCCAAGCUCUGGAUCUCGUACUUCGAGCAGGGCCGCACGUUGCCCGUGCCCUUCAACCUCGUGCCCAGCCCCAAGUCGGCCGUGCAGCUUCUGUUGGCAGCGGUGCGCGCCCUCGGCCGCCUGUGCCGCUGGCGCGAGCACAAGGGCAAGCUGGACGUGGAGAUGGACAUGCUGGACGUCAAGGCCAAGGACCUGUAUAGCCUGAGGAGCAACAUGAACCGAAGCAUGAACAGCAUAGGUCAGCAUCCCACCCGCUACCAGCAAAUCAUGAAACGGCUCAUCAAGAGGUACGUCUUGAAAGCCCAGUUCGACAAGGAGAACGACGAGGUCAACGAAGGAGAGCUCAAGGACAUCAAGCAGGACAUCUCUAGCCUGCGCUAUGAGCUCCUGGAGGAAAAGUCCCAGAAUGCCGAGGACCUCGCCGCCAUUAUCCAGCAGCUCAGUGAAAAGUUCAACCUGGAGAUCCCACAGCCGUCCGACAACGACGAGAUGGACUUGGAGGAGAAAGACGUCAGGUUAUAGCCCUUGGAGCUGUGGGUUCGUGGGGGAGGAGGUGGCGAAAGUCUCUCACUUAGGGCGGUGUGCGUGUGAUUGACGUACAACGACAGAGGACGCGGGUGGGGGGGGGGUCAGCGGCGACCUUAUCGUUGGUCUCUUUGCUGAGUAACAAGAGGACGACUUGCUUGUGUGAAGCGGGCCACACUGAGCAGUCGUAAGGAGCCUAAAAGUAAAACGGGACGAGGACAACGCUGCUUGCGCGUGCAAAACGUUUGCGUUUUCCAUUCGAAAACGACGCCCCUCCCGCCCCCCCCCCCCCCCCCC